AUGAAUCGAAUCAGAUCUGCUUGUGUAAGAACGAAUUCGUCGAAAAACUGCUUUGUCAGUCUCUCUGGGGAGCUUGCAGAGGCAAUAGGCUUGCGAAUCCAGGUAGGUGACGAACGGAAACAUGCAUAGUAAGUUGUUAUCAUAGGAUCAUAGACCUUUUGAACUAGUCUUUGCAUUGAGCUCAUAACAAUUGUCAAAGUUCCCUGUACAUUUGGGGGUGAAAACAGGGGUGUGGUAGGUUUUUGGGGUAGACCCAUAACAGAUACUGUUCACCCGCGCCAUGAGAUCUUAUUCAUAAUCCUUGAAACAAAAGUCAUAGUUUGAGAAAGUCUAGAAAAAGCCUCUUUUUUUCUAGACAUACAAUUUUUUAGGGGAAACCUGAAUUGUUUUCACCCUAGUUUAACUUUUACCUUCUUUGUUUAUGAAUUAUGCUUUAUGUCCGGAACAAUGGAAAUUUCAAAGUAACUGACCUGAAACUUAUUUUAAAAUCCUACUCAUCUAUACCCAGCAAUGAUUAACUCAUGCACUUGACUUCUUGAAAACCAUACCAGGGCCAACCAUUUGCUCUUCAACUUCAGUGGGAAAAUGGCAAGGCUUUUGCCAGCUGGUCUGGUGAAGUGACACAUGGCAAGAGAGGUGAUAUCCUGAAUGAUUCAUCAUCAAUUGUCCAACUUGGAAAGAAAUUUGCGGAUGGACUAGGACUAGAUGACAAUCAGCAGGUAGGAAUGGGGCAUUUUGUUCAACUUGAUAAUUGUAGCCAUACCCAGUAUUAUGUUGUACAUGAAAUAAUCUUACCCCCCUCUAGUUAGUGAUCAUUUCCUUUAUUCAUGUGGCCUUAAUGUUUGAUUCAGUGGUGAUAUUUGUAAGGUGUAUGGAGAAAUUAAAUGCUUGUCUCUUUUAACUCUUUCACUCCCAAGAUCUAAUAAGUAAUUCUCCUUACUAUCUGACAUACAAUUCUUAUGAUGUUAGUUCAGAGAAUUUGGUAUUGGAUCAACUAAUAAUCCCAUAAUUGAUAUUCAUCUCUAUUCUCAUCACCUACCUACUUGAUAUUGUAUUGAUAUUGUAAGGAGAAAUUCUGUCUUGGUCACUUGUGGGAGUGAAAGGGUUAAGGGUCAAAGGGUUAAAAGUUCAAGAGUUCAAGUUUAAGUUUUUCAAGCAGGACAAAAGUGUGCACAAAAGGGUACAUUAAGUCCAACAUUUUGUGAGGUGUUAUGGAAUCAAAGCCAAAACUGAAGAGAAAACUUAAGUUGUAAAACUGUCAGCGGCCAAUAUUUACCAUUUGGUUUACUUAAUCAGAUUUUAACAUCCUAGUUUGGUCCAAGUCUCUUGAAUGCUGUGAGGCUUUUAUAAUGGAUGUGUAAUAUUUUCCAUUUUGUGUUUUAGGUUUUAGUUGAACCUGUGGUUGGUAUCCCAUCAUGUAACAGAAUAAAUGUGGAUCCAGUCAGUGCCAAUGAUUGGGAAAUAUUAGUGAGUGAAUAUGUUACAAUGCUUAAGGGUGAUAAACACUCCCACAUGCUGGCCUUAGGAUGUAAUGACUCACUUGUGCCUGGAAUGCUCUCCAGGCACCAGAUGAUCAUUUCCACUUGCUGCAUCCUAAAAUUAAAAACCUUGAAUUUUUAGCUACAACUAGAUAAGAAUCUUGUUGAAAUUUAAUUUGAUGAAUUUAAGAUAAUUGCAUGACUGUUACUUACCCUUAUUUUUAAGGCUAUAUCAUGAGAUCUUGGCUUCUUUGUUUUCCUGAGCUUAAGGGUUAGUUGGUUUGCAAUCUAACCAAUUUUACCUCAGCAAGACUCUUCCAACCUUUUUAGGAAGUUCUCCAUAAAAUUCAACAGGUUAUGGCAUAGAAGAAAAUGUCCACAAGGUCUAGGUUUUAAAGCUUGGUCAAUACAGAAUAUAGAAAGUCACACUUGCUGAUUUUGCCUUUCAUGAAAAUAUUGGGUGGGCCAUUUGAACUCAAUUUCCUGGGGUGAAAGAAUUUGAAUGACCAAAUCUUCAAAAGUUCAAAUGCAUGUAGGGAUUGCCUGGGGGAGGAUACUGAAGCUUCAAAUUGAUUGACGCAUAAUACAUACAUGUGAACUAAAGUAGAGAUGAAUCUCUAUAGCAAGUAAUCUGUUCAGAGAGAAAGCUGUGAAACAAGAUGAGGUAAAAACACAUUUCUUGCACUUAGUGUUACAGGAUGGUUGCUUUUAAUUUCUUUGUUAGGAACUCCAUGCUGGUUACAUAGAAAGUCAGCUUCUGAACCAAGUGAGAGUGGUGUUCCCAGGACAGAAAUUGCCAAUAUGGAUUGAAAACAAUAUGUGUGUGGUUGUCCAAAUUGGUAUGCUUUAGUGACAAUAAAAAGCAUGGAACCUCCCUACAUUUGGGUUUGGUUGCCUUUUCUCAUCACAUCUUUCACAGGGAGCCUUAAUCUGCAGUGGGUUCUUACUAAACUGUUACCUUAUGAUUAGAAAUGGUUGGAUGUCGAUAAAACCACCACAUGUUGAUCAAACCACCACAACAAUUUGAAGUGAAGGAAAUAUCAGUUGAGAGUAUGGAGCAAACAAGGAGUCCUUUUAGUUUUUCUUUACUUUGCAUAGUGAUUGGUCCAGAAUACUUGUGCUAUGCUCUCAACCAAUCAGACACAAACCCAUAGUCAUGACUUUUUUACAUAAUAUACAUAAUCCUACAGUUCAAGCAGUUUGUGUGUUUUUAUUCUGAGCUGACAAUGGCUUCACGUGAUAUUUUCCUUUGUUCUGUAUGGCCGGAGAGAUUGACUGUUACCAUCUUUGAGUUGAUGUAUGAAAACAUUUAGUCUCAAUAUAAUAAUAUUAUUUAUAAUUAUUACUAUCAUGCUAGAGGAGCUGAUUGAAGAGAAAGUAAGUGCAGGAGCUUUGUAACUGUUUUAGCACCUUCAGCUUUCCUUAAUGAACUAUUCUUGUUUAUUUCCCAUUGACAGUUAACCUUGAGCCAGAUGCCAAUUGUGUCAGACUUGAUGAGUUUACUGAAGUGAUUGUCUCACCUAAAACAAGAACAUUUUCUAAAGGAAAACAACCUCAGCAAGCUCCAGUUCAUUUUGGCAAAGAGAACACAGAACAAGAGAACAAAAUACUUACUGGCACAAGUGCUGAAAAUAAGUAUGCUUCAACAAGUAAUGUUUCUUGUUUUGAUGAUGGUGAUCAGCUGUCAUCAUGGCCUUCACCUUCUAGAACCACAAAUGCAGAGGAGCAAAAUGGCAUUGCCAACAGUGGCUUUUUAUCAAGAGUCUCAUGUUAUUUGCAGUCUUUUUUCAACCCUUAUAAUGAGGAGAACCCUGUGAAUGAAAAUCAGACUUGCAAACCCUUGAACCCAGAAGAAAUUAAAAAUGAAGAGAACUGGAAACCCUUAUCUUCAAUCACGGAGAAAGGUGAAAAAUGUGGUACUGAUAGUGGUGAUGAUUCUGACUUUGAGAUGUACUUGAGAGUUCAGCUAAAUAUCAAAGGUGACCCUGAGGUCUCAAAUAAAGGCAGCACUGUAGAAUCCAUGAAUUUUUAUUCUCGACAACCCACAACUGUGUUUGUUGAUAUUACAUCUUUGCCGCCACUAGUUUUGAAGUCAUGGACUUGUAACUGGGAAACAUUUCCACCACCAGAUGGCACAGUGGAAAAAACUGUUCAAAUACACAAACUUUUAUCUCCCAAAGAGAGAACUGCCUUGCAAAAAAAUAGAUCACCAUCAAACGACAAUGAAAACCAAGGAUCUCAAUCCCAGGAGACAUCAACAGACAGUGAAUCUAAUCAAGGUGAACCUUUUAAUUUAACUGACUGAUUUCAGGAGUUGAGUUGCAGCUGAUAUUCUACCAAAACUCCAUUAUAGGUGGCUAUUCAGACCUUGUUACAACAAACAACACAUCUUUUUAAUAUUGUCAACUAAUUGUGGGAUGGUGCCCAAUUUCUAUUUGUUUUAAAUUCCUAGAGGUGAGUAAAAUCACCCCUCAAAUUAAUAAUGUUUUAUCACACAAAGCAUCAUUGGAUAACAGAGAAACAUGUGUCAGCCCAAGAUCAUUAUCACCAAAGUUUCUUGAUUUCAUGUAUUUCACCAAAGAAUAAUGAGCAGAUAGACAAUAAUUUUGAUGAUGGAAGCUAGAGGACUGAGAUUUGCUAAAUUGUGUGUUUUAUCAUGUGACAGUGACUGGCCAAUCCCCUCCUGAUUCCACCUCUCUUGACAUGCUACCACCUCACUGGGUUGUGAGAAUGGUGAUGACAAGCAGUUUAAACAGGGCUUCUGUCGAUCUAAAUUCUCAUGAAUUGGGCGUGGAAGAGCAUGUGCUGCCAGGGCAUGUGAUCCUGACCAAAGAACUCUGCAGAAUGCUUGGAGCAAGAGAUCUGUGUUCAGUUAAAAUUCAGAAUGUCUCAUCUGGACCAUCAGACUUACAAGGAAUGGUUUUGCAUCCCUUUGCAGAAACUGAACAGAAGGUAAUUUUAUCAUAAAAAUAUAUUUCAGAAGAAAGACACAGAAGGCUCAGGAGGCACGAAAAAUUCAUCAUGACCAUGUAUAGAUGUAGAUAGACUGCACUUAGAACCAAUCAGAUUGCAGGAUUCUUUACCAUGCUCUACUGGACAAAAUAAUUACCUUAUCAGAAACUGAACAGAAGGUAAUUUUAUCUUAAAGAAUAUUUCAGAAGUUUUUGUUUUCCAGAGGACAGAGAAAAACAGAAACAAAAACUCGCCAAAAUGUUACCAUGACCAAAGGCAGGGACUACACUAAGAACCAAUCAGAUUGCAGGAUUCUUUACCAUGUCCUGCUGGAAAAAAUAUAAUAUCAGUUUACAUACAUUGAUGUUUGUUUGUUUGUUUGGUUGUUUGUCUUUUUUUUAUCAAGCUUCAGGAUAUUUCAGCUGAUACUGUCAUGGAUGCCUUUCAAGGCUGGAUCAGUAUGGUGUGCAGUGUGGAAGUGCCUCUUGUACUCUGUAGUGGAACACUGUUGUCAUUUGAUGCUCAAGGUUAGCAGAUAUCGUUUUGAAUGGAUAUCUGUGAGCAAAGGGGAUAGGUUUCUAACAAAACUGCGAUACCAUGUCAGUAGGGGUAUAACAAGAUAAUUUGGUUUUAUCACUGAGUUGAAUGUAAAUUGAAUGUUACUAUAAAUUAAAGAGAACAAAUAACAGACCAAAUAUUUAUUUUAUAUGUUAAUUAAGUAAUGAGGUCUAAAGAUCUAAACAAUGAAUAUUUUGUUUGUUUUUCUUUUUUAGGCCAACUUUGUCAGUUUGUAGUUAAAGUGCUGAGCCAUCACGAGACGAUGAAGUCAGGAGGGGAACCAUCAUAUUAUCACCUUACUCCUGAGACUCUAAACAAUGUGACAGUUGUCAUAGGAACACCCCAAAACUCUUUGAAGGGUUUCUGCGAGUUUAUCAGUGCUCAAGAAAUCAAGCCACAAUUUCCAAAGUAUAGCAUUAAUGACUUGGGGUAAGAAAUGAUUGAAAAUGAUGUUGAUGAGAAUGGUAUAUGGCUUUAGGGGAUGAUGAGCCCCUUAAACCAUACCAUCAGUUUGCAUAUUCUCCAUACUGUUCUCUAUACAUUUCCUAAGGUGCUGACAGGGAGAAUUUGUUUAACAAUCAAGAGUUUCUCUAGUUGGAGAUCAUUUCCUUAAUUCUUGUGACUUUAAUGUGUGAUUCAGGGGUGAUAUUGUAAGGAGAAAUUAGAUUUUAGUUUCUUGUAAGGAUCAAAGGGUUAACCUUUGGAAUUUCAUAGUUAGAAGGUGAACAUACAAAGAAAUUUUAAUAUAUAAAUAUUCUUCCUUGUGCAGUCUUUCUAUCUCAUUUAAGAAAGGAUGGAAAAUUUCCUAGUUUUGCAGGUUAUAAUAGUCUUGAGCUAAAGCUCAUGUUUGGCAAUCAUUGUUGUUUUAAGGGGUGUAACAGAUGUAUUCCACAAGUGCUUGGAUCAUGCUUUGUCAGUGCUAGGGCAGCGACCUCUAUCCAAUCAACUGGGAGGUAACAUCAUCUCAGGACUGUGUGGUGGAGCUGUGCUCAUUUGUGGCAGUGGUACAGGAGCAGGGAUUGGCUGUGGCAAGACAUCUCUUGCUCAUGCAGUGUGCUACCAACUUCAGGAGUGGCCAGUGUGUGCACAUGUGACAUUUGUGGAUUGUAUUCCUUUCAGAGGUAAUUUUUUCCUUUAUUUUGUUACUUUGUUGAAUUAGCUUUUUUGUGUCCAUGAUUAUGAUAAAUGUGUGGUACUGUGAUGUGGUGGGUACAUUUGCAAACAAAGUCAGGGGUUUCAUGGACUUUUCCCAUAAAUGGUUUCUGAGGGUGCAAUAGGGGGCUGCAGUGCCGUAUUGUCUUAUUGGGAGCAAUAAACCACUGGUGACUAGCUUUAGUUGAAACUCCUGGAUUUGUAUGUUGCAGUAAACAUAAAUAAAUGGUUUUUUCCUAUGAUUAUUCUCUUUGAAGGAAAAAGAGUUGAUACCAUUCAGAAACAGUGGCAGCAGAUAUUUUUGGAAGCAGCAUGGCAUCAGCCAUCUGUGAUCCUGUUUGAUGAUUUAGAUCAAGUUGUUUCAGCCCCAAGUGCACUCCAAGAGAUGGGUGGAGAAGCUUUGUACAAACGCCGCUUAGCUCAAGGUGAGAUGGUGGCAAGCAUGAUUUUCAGUAAAAGGCCAAUAUUCUAUACAGAGCACCAGCCUUUAAGAAGUGUAUAAUGUUAUCUACUGGUGCAGCAGAACAUAUUUCAGUUGAGUGUCAUACAAAGGUAAUAGCAAAGUGUGAAACAACAGCAAUAAAAAAAAGACCACAAAGAGCCAGUGAGAACUUGAAAUGAAGACUGGCAAACUGCUUUGAGUGAAAGAAAAUAUGACUGAUCCAUGCUGUAGGAGAUGGGGCAAGUCUGUUAGGCUAGUCACAGUCAGCAUAGGGAAGAAGAGCAAAAUAAAUGCAAUCCACAACAACUUUUGAUACUCAAUUGAAGACAGCCCCAGAAAGGUUUUAUUUUAUUGACCUAUGUCCUGGAUGAUGUUAGCCAAUCACUCUCUAAGGAAAGUGUGCCUUGUUGGCCUGUUAGCAAGGCGUGGCUGAUGGAACCUGCCACAUUUGACUCCUAGAUUCCCAUGUCUGUGAUGUAUUUAUGUACAGUAUUUUGACAUUCAAACCAUGUGUUGUGCUCUCAUCUUACAUUACCUACUUAUUUUUCAAUUCUGCAGUAUUUAAGGACCUUAUUAGCACAGAAAUCAAUAACAACAGCAGGAUAGUUGUCAUAGCAACUAGUAAGUCACAUGACUCUUUACACCCGUCGUUGCUAACGUCACGAGGAUGUCACGUGUUUCAAUGCCGUGCAGAGCUCCAUCCCCCUGAUGCAGACCAAAGACAACAGAUUCUGUCUGCGAUGAUGGCCAAACUGUUUCGUCACCGAGAUUGUGACAAAUUGGAACUCAGGUCAAGAUUGAAACUUAGUUUCCUACUGUGAAAAGCCAAGCCAGUUAAGAAAAGAGUCAACUGCCUACUCUUGAGGACCCUUCUGAAGAAACUUGCAAAGCAUUUCUUAGCAAGUACUACUCGUAGAUGUGUGCAUGCCUUGGGUAUAGAAAUGACCUCUGCACUCUGAACUGUGCAUUACAGUGUAGCAAUACAGAUUGUUCCAAAUCGACAUCAAAGAUUUUUUGUCUCGCUUUAAUUCAGCAUAGAGUGAGACCAUAAUUAUGGGAAAAUAUGAAAACAUUUCGCAAACUCAAAUUUCUGCGUACACCUGUUUUCCUUUUGAUCUCACAAGGUAAUCACUUCCCUUACAUUCUUUUCAUCAAAAAGUAAUUUCAUGCCAUCAGUGUCAACAUCUUUAAUCACUUAAUUAAACGCAAAAAUUACCACUCCUCUCAUUCCUGCCUCUAUUAAAAAAUGAUUUCUUUACUUUGCUUUAGUCUGUUGGCAAAGAAAACUGAAGGAUUCUCUCCCAGAGAUCUACAAUCAUUACUUGACCGUGCCUUACACAAAGCAGCAGUCAGGAAGAUGACAACAUCGGCAGGUGAGUUUUUAACAUAAAAUUAAAAGAUGAAGGUGUCUGUGUACUUGUUGGGUGUCAACUGUGGUAAUCAAGGCUUUGUUAUCGUUAACUCUCCUGUUGUCUUUUAGCAGAUGGAGGCAUUUGCUCUGCAAUUACACCAGAAGAUUUUGAGAAGGCUUUUGAGGGAUUUACCCCUGCAGCACUGAGGGGUGUUAGCUUACAUACUGCGGGAGAGUUAGGCUGGUCUGAUGUGGGAGGACUUUCUGGAGUAAAAGCAGCACUCAUGGAAACUCUUCUGUGGCCAACAAAAGUAAAUCCCUGUCCUCUUAGGCAUCUUACAGUAAAGAAAUACCUAUUGUUAAGGAGAAAAAGGGCCUUAGCUACAAUUUGCCUGAGAGAUGUGCAAACUCAAUUUUCUUUCUUUAUUUUAGCCUUUACUUCACGCAAAUCUAAAGAAAUUGUUUACUGAAAAAGGAGAUUUUUGAAAACGCCAAUGUGACUUCUCUCUUCAUUUAACGGCGCGUCAUUGAGGCCCUUUUGCGCAUGCCCAAGGAUGCAGAGCUUUACGCUUUCUGUCGAUGGCUGUAGUGUAGAGGUGGAACAAUGUAUCCGUUUUCCAGUGUGGAUGGUUAACUUUAGUCGGUUAUUAACGUUAUCUGGUGUGAUCUGGAUGUACGAGUAGGUUUUAAAGGGCAUAAACAACGGAAUACUUUUCUUUAGUGUGGUAAACUUUCCAUGGCUAACAGUAAAAUAAACACAUUAGGAAAUGUGGGAGUAAGAGAAUCUGUUUGAUGCCUGAAAGACAACUAUAUUUUCAUUUCCAUUCUAGUAUUCGUGGCUUUUUAGUAAAUGUCCCUUGCGCUUGCGUUCUGGUCUUCUUCUCUAUGGACCGCCAGGCACUGGCAAGACACUGCUGGCUGGUGUGGUUGCUAAGGAGUGUGGGCUCAACUUCAUCAGUAUCAAAGGUCCCGAGCUACUGAGCAAGUAUAUUGGAGCCAGUGAACAGGCGGUCAGAGAUAUGUUCACGAGGUAAUUAGUAUUGUAUGUUGACAACAUGAAAAAUGGAGCUUUCAUGGUUGUUUUUCGUCAUAUUUUUCCUAGGCCCUUUUUAUUAGAGGAGGCAAUGACCAGAAUCAUUCAAUCAUUGAUUAGUUCACAGUUUAUGUUGGUCCUCGUCGCAGCCUUUAUUUGGUCAUGUCACGUAACAGCCUCUUCUCCACCCCCCCCUCCCCACAAUGAGACAUUCCGUCGCGUGACCAGACCAAGUAAUGAAGGAAAUGAACUUCGAGUCCAUCCGCAUACACUGGACUUGAAUCCCAAAAUGUUCCACUCGAUGUCAGCUACGCUGAUGUAUUCUCUGUUCAAGAAAAGAUACAUAGUGGAACAGAAUUGAAGAAAAGUCUUUAUCGGCAAGGACCUUAGUCGUGGUCAUGUAGCCUUUGCCUGGCAAAAUGAAAUUAUAUUUGGAAUUUUUAAAACUGUCGCCACCAUCUGCGUAGUUUUUCUGUCGAAAUAUUGCUCAAGCGCGCUGAGCGUGCGCACUAAUUUGCCACUGUACCGUGACACACUUCCCCCACUUAAGGAUUCAGUGUUCAGGGUAAGGUGAAGGCUACACCAUGUCCCACGCCGCCAGGACUUAUCCUGGUUUUUGUAGCCCAUGGCUGAAAAGUGGUUGAAUUGUACAAAAACGAAACAAGACAUGACAAAGUUCCCACGAUCAUAACCGAUUUUUCAUUUGCAGAGCUCAAAGUGCCAAACCAUGUAUCCUUUUUUUUGACGAGUUUGACUCCCUUGCCCCUCGCCGUGGACAUGACAGCACAGGUGUGACGGAUAGAGUGGUUAAUCAGCUACUUACUCAGCUGGAUGGAGUGGAGGGACUGGACGGUGUUUAUAUUCUUGCUGCAACCAGUCGACCAGACUUGAUCGAUCCCGCUCUUCUCAGGCCAGGACGAUUGGAUAAGUGUUUGUUUUGCGGCAUACCAACCAAGGUAAGGGCGCUUUUUUUUCUAAUUAUGGGUCAUGAAACCUUAGCAGAAUUUAACACAAGUUCAUCAAAACAAAGAGUUAAAAGGAAUCAAUUGGAAUUUCCACGCAUCGUCCAAUUCGUUUGUUUUUACUCUGAGUUCUCGGUGUCUCCCUGUAAUAUUUUCUUCCGUUCCGUUCGGCUGUUGUGAAUACUUUGGUUUUGGUUUUACGAUACUAAAUUGAAAGGUGCUUUAAUUGAGCCACGCCCCGGUGGUUUCCCCUAAAAAUGGCGUCUGGCGUCCUGCAAUAAACGUUAUCUGUACCUCGCUUGUUGCUUGAAUCUUUUGAUGGGGAACGAACAGAUGCUGCAUGCGCUGUCCACGUGAGCCAAAUUCACGCCACCGGAUUGGCUAUUUCUGUUUCUUCUUGAGAUUUACAAACAUGACGGUGAUCUUAAAGUAGCUCAAGACAGAUUUCCUCAGGAGUAAGCUGAGGUUUGGAUAUCCAUUCUCUCAGCCUGAUCUUUCUUGUCCGAGCCGAGAAAAAGUUUGUGCCUUUUUUCUCUUACAGUCAGAGAGAUUACAGAUCCUAGAGGCUUUAUCAAGAUCCGUGACCCUGUCAGAGGACAUCAAUCUAGCCGUUAUUUCAGACAUGUGUGAACACUUUACCGGAGCUGAUUUCAAAGCUCUUCUGUAUAAUGCACAGCUGGCAGCAAUCCACAGGAACGCCAACAACAGUCAGCUUUACAAGGCAAUGUUCAAAAAUACUGAAAUGGAAAGCACUGAGAAGUAUGACAGAUGUGCGGAAACUGGUGUGGUUACAGAAGAGGACAGGGAUAAUGUUAUUUAUGUUCCAAGCUUAACUGAAGGAUCUAUACAGCUAUCAACGGAAGAGCUGACAAAACUUCAUUCAGAGGUAGGGUUCUGUUACUCCUAUACUCCAUGUUGCAGAAAUGCAUGACUAAGGAGGGUCAUAAGGUAGAUUUGAUCCGCCCCUUGGUCAACAGAGUGAUGCUUUAAUGAUAAUAAAACAACUUGACUUACUUUUAAAUGUUUUUAGAACCCAUGAGUGUGAAACCUUCCCUUCUCUAACUUCAACCUCCAGCUUAUGAGUUUUCACGCAGUGUUUCCUUUGAAUUCAUGAAGCGAAACAGUUUGUGCGAAAUUUAUGCUUUUAGUUUCUUUUUUCCGAAAGACAUUACUCUUUCUUUUCCGAGGAAAUUUGGAAAAAUGAAAAAUGAUGAUGAGAAAUCAUUUUUAAAAGCAUGGUUUCGUUUUGAUUUUCAAAUAAUAGACUGCGUUAACAUAGUUCAGAAUUAAUCUAUGGUUACCGCAGAGGUAAUCAGAAACCAGAAAAGUUUGAUGAUGACGAGGGAUGUAGGAGAUUCCCUUGGAUGGCAUGAGGCAAUGUUGGGAGAAUUAAGGCUGAUUUUUUUGUCUCGAUGCAUUACCUGUGACGAAACCCUGUAUAAACUUGUAAAAACCCCCUCCCUGUCUGUCAAUCUACCCACGAAGUUUUUUUUAACUUACCAGGUUACAACUCUCCACAAGAAUUUACAACACAGAAAGAGCAAAAGGAAGGUAAAGAUUUAAUUGAUGGGAGGAUUUCAUCUAUUAUUCGCAUAUACAAGAGCGCUUAUAUUUCUUGCUAGCCGGCAUGUUCAGCGGUAAUAUUUUGUCACUAAAACUGCCAUGUCAUAUUCCCUCGCGACAUAAAAAAUUGUCAAAAGAAACUUCAUCAGAAAGUAACAAAGAGUGGACCCAUGAAACUUCAAAUGGAAUAAAAUCACUCCAUCUUCUUUUUCUCUUAUUGGUAGUGCGUGCAUUCCGAACCUACGUGCUUAUUGCUGUGUAUUCACUGACUUGUUUUUUAAGUAAUUAUUGAACAAUAUUUCGGUUGGCUUCUUUCAGCAGUUGCUUUCCUUCACUGCCUCCUUGAUAUUAUCUUUUAUUUCAUUUUCGUUUAGGCAUAGUCUGGGUUAGGUUUAAUAGCUUUUAAUGCACCAAUGAAAAAAAAAUUAAAUUUUCUUUGAUAUAAAUUCUAACACCGUUUUUUGUGUUUUCAGGCAUUACAAUCUAGUUCAGCAGAGAAUGAGGCGACGUUUGGAAUACAAAUCAACCAAUCAGAUUUGUUGCAAGCGACAUCAGCGGCUGGUCCAUCUGUGUCAGACAAUGAAAGACGCAGAUACCAGGCCAUGUAUGUCCAUUAUAACGGUUGAGUCUUGCUUGAGCUCCAGCUUUUUAGAAAAACACACUUUUCAUGUAAAUUUAUAGCCGCAUGGCAACAGUGAUAAGAAAUAAUAACUAGAAUACUAGUGUCUAUAAUCAAACACCAUCCCGUCCACUCUUAAACAUUAGUGUCUAAUUUUAGACACUGGGGUCUGAUUUUCAACACUAGUGUCCGAUUUUGGACGGUGGUGUCCAAUUUCGGAUACUUGUGUCUGAUUUAGACACUAGUGUCCGAUGUUAGACACUGGUGUUUGAUUUUGGACACUGUCUCACCUCAGACACUAGUAACUGAUUUCAAAUGCUGGUGUGUGACGUUACACACGAGAUUUCGUUAAUGGAGUGAAGUUGACAAAGGCUUAGUAAACCCUCUUAUGGUCAUCUUCAUCUACCAUUUUGGAAGAGAGUCAUGAAAGAAAGGAUGGAUUCCUUUUGAAAUCAUUGUUUUUUUUUUAUUUUGUUUUUGUCUUUCAGAUAUGAGACGUUCGUGAAAUCCAGAGGAGGAGACUUCAGUCUCAAUACACCAGGCCAUGGAAAAGCAACUUUGGCGUGAAAAAUCUCUGUCCUUCUGUAAUGUUGCCAGAAAGAGAUACUUCACCCCGUAUGAGUGCGAUUGAAGAAAUUGGGACAUUCUCCCUUCCCAUUCCACAGGUGGAAUUUUUCUUUUCGAAGCUGAUCGUUCUACUUUUCGAAGUAUAUGGUGUUAAGCACCCUGUCCACUGCCGGUGCUUCACUGCCAUAGUUGUAACAAUUUCACAAUUCAGACUUGACGAAUAACUUUCGAAUAAAUCUGUGCAUAGGAAUUCAGCCGACUUUCCUACACUCAACUUUAUGCAAGUGUCGCAUUUUACUCAGCAGGAAUAGAACACUUGCAAGUUGACUCCUUCCCAUACUACUUUGUCACUUUAAAUUGAUUGUGAAUUAUAACAUUACAAUUUUCAUCACGAAGGUUUGUCUGUUUGUGCGCAUACCGCAAAAAAUCUUCUGUCAUGUUCAACUAACUAAUCAACUUACGUCAGCAUUACAUUUUCCAUCCAUUAUAACCUAUUUUUUUAGUUUUUAGUUUUAAUUGGAUUUGCUGAGGCAUAAAGAUAUAGCUUACAAUUAGACUGACUCAUGGCUAAUAAAUUACGUGCCUUUUGAUUACCUGCUUCUGUGAUGCUUUUAUUGAAUAAGAUAUAAUGAUGGUUUCGUCCGGUUUCAAAUGCUCCCGUUUCGUCUCGGGAAGCUAUGUGACCACUAUGUCGAAAUCAAGCUUUUCCGUCUA